AUGCCCUCCAUAACACCCGACUCGGCCGCGUCCAAGGCGGCCUUUGAUUUCCCGACUAUCCACGAAACAUCACAAGCGAUCGACGUACCAUGGCGGGAUGAAGAACAGACAUCCAUCACCCUACCUGUGCACCCAACAGCUUCCGCUCAUCUCGGCGUCGGGAAACCAUCAGGAUCCGAAAGUUCGAUGUCAAUCCGAUCGCUCUCCGACUCUGACGACGAGCCGGCGCCUCCACGCAAUGGAAGCCAAAGCUUCUUCCGUCUGUCCGAAGCGGUCUCAUCCGAAAGCGAUCCCGAUGAAUACGUGAUAAUCGUUGACGGGGCGGGGAAUCGGCAGGACAGCAAGUUGCGAAAGGGCACCCCGCAUCCGAGUGGAGCGUCGUCCAGGGGGCGGGCCCAGCCUCGAGCCUUUAUAAACCCCGAGCACCGCCGGUCUGCCAGCAACGACAGCAAACGCUCACCUUCGAUGACACGCAACAGUCUCAUCCCUGCAAUCAGCUUUGACGAGAAAUCACCGAGAUUAACAGACUCCCAAGAAUCGCUGCUUGAAGACGAGGAACGGCUAGACGCUCUACUCCUUGAAGCCACCACCAGCCCGACUUCCAGGAAAAAUGUGACAUUCUCCGAUGUGGUCCAAAAUUCACCCCGUCCGCUCCUCCGCACCAGCUCGUCCUACCGGUUACGCGGCUGCAAGAGUAUCCUGAAAAAGGAGGACAAGCAUCGAGAAAGCAUCCGACGGCUUCUGGAAUACGCGGGUGAGCGGCUUUACAAGGAUCUCUGCAUGCUCGUCGAGGAGCGGGAUCGCGUGGUGGCCGCCAUCGAGUUGACCCCGUCUGGGACAGCCGAUAUGAGCCCCGACUCGGCCCAGGCGCAUAUUAAUUAUCGUGAUCAACUGCUCCAAAACAAAGGAACGUUGGACACGAAGAUUGAUGGUGUCUGGCGGAAGUUGAAAAAUGCCCCGAUCGACUUCGUAACGCUACAAUGCGCCUGGAUAUUUGCGGCCAAGACGGAUCGCAAUCAUCCCCCGCAAAACUCGUUCAUCACCAUCGACAGGAAGAAGAAAUCCGACAUCGAGCUGGCUUCUGAAUACGCGCAGAAGUUGGCAAAGAUGAGGUUGGAGCUAAUCCGCAAGGAUUCUGAGCACGAGGACGAGGGCUACCUAUCUCUAUUGCAACGAGUGUCCCGCACCCUCGGCAGCCAUGACGCUCUUCAUCUCAUCGCGAAAGCACGGGACAUUGAAAUCAAGGAUAGACCU